AUGGUCAUCUGCAUUGUUAACUUGGACGUUAACAUAUUUAAGGAUGUUGCUCGUGUCGAGUCGAAGACAUGGAUGGUGACACCGGACAAGUAUCAGACCGUUGCACAUACUCCCGAAGGUGUCGAACCAAUCAUGGGACAUUGGAUGUCACCAGAUACUCUCUCUACUGAACUCGAUAGUCGAUUCCCUGGUUGCAUGGCUGGCCGUAUCAUGUAUGUAAUCCCCUUCUCUAUGGGACCUGUUGGUGGCGCUCUGUCCAAGAUUGGUGUUCAAGUGAAUCUCUCAAUAAUGGCAAUAGGAGCUUAUGUUGGAGAUUUAGGCAAAAAGUGUUUCGCACUGCGUAUCGCUUCGAACAUUGCCAAGGAUGAAGGAUGGAUGGCUGAGCACAUGCUUAUCAUGGGUGUCACCAGACCAAAUGGCAAGAGCGUGUCGUCAAUCACUGGCCGUGUAAUCCUGAGCGAGUGUUGA